UUCCGGCAGGCUGCUUUCUGCAGCUGAGGAGACAACAUUCAUAGACUUCCUUUGAUUAGGAUAUGUCACUGUUGUCAGGGCAACUGUUAACGGUGGCGUAUCGUAUUUUUUCCUCCUGUGUUGCGUGCUGAAUAUUUUAGUGUGCAGUAGCUGGAAGAAGCUUGGGAAGAGGUGCUGCUGCAGAAAGGAGAAGCUGUGGGCUGGGAUCUGAUAGAACAGGUUAAAGCAGCGAAGAGAGGCAUCCAAACCAAUGUGCCUUUAAUUAGGGCUUUUCUCAAAGGUGGGUGAAAUUGCAGGCCCUCAGCUGCCAAGUGGAUGUUGGUAUUUGUCAGCUCUUUACAUACUGCUUAUCCAUAGGGGAUCUAUUACAAGUGCUCAAAUGAAUAGGCAGGUCUGCAGCUAGCUGCUACACAGGCGCUGCAGUUUCUUAAAUAUAUAUUGUAAUAAGCAAGUGGUAGCAGCAACAUGCCUGGGGCAGCUACUACUAUCCGACAAGAGAGACUGAAGAAGACAAAUGCAAGGACAAAUCCCCCUGGUUUAUUCACCAUUAACGAAGAAGAUGAGCAGCAAAAGAAUGGAAAUGCCAGAAGAUUGAAAGCAUCCGAAGACUCUAAAGUACAAGACGAGAAAGCUGCUUCUUCCAGCCAUCCCACUUCUGCUGCUUCAAGGCAAAGCCCCAACAACUCUGCAGCUAAAGCAGACCAUCCACCUGUACUAAAAGUUGAUGACAGACAACGGCUUGCACGGAUACGGAGAGAGGAACGGGAAAAGCAGUUAGCUGCAAGAGAAUCAGUCUGGUUAGAAAAAGAAGAGAGGGCACGGCAGCAUUAUGAAAAACACCUGGAGGAACGCAAAAAGAAGUUAGAAGAACAGAGGCUAAAAGAAGAGAGAAGGCGAGCUGCAGUAGAGGAAAAACGAAAGCAGAGAAUAGAAGAGGACAAGGAACGACAUGAAGCUGUUGUACGCCGUACAAUCGAGAGGAGCCAGAAGCCCAAACAAAAGCAAAGCAGGUGGUCCUGGGGAGGACCUCUUCAAAGAAGCAGCAGCAUUAAUAAUACAGGUUAUUUUGUUGAAUCAUCAUUCACCUUUCUCGAUUUAGCAGGCCUGGAGCACCACGUCAGAUCUCUGGGUGGUGCUAGAAAACCCGAUCCAGACAGGCGGUCUGUUUCAACAAUGAACCUCUCGAAACAUGUUGAUCCAGUCAUUAACAAGCGGCUCUCCUCCUCAUCUGCAACAUUACUAAAUUCUCCAGACAGAGCUCGCCGUCUAAAUCUCAGUCCAUUGGAGAAGAGCAUUGUUAGCAGACUGCUGAUGCCCACACAUUCAUUCCUGGCCAGAAGUAAAAGCACAGCUGCCUUGUCUGGAGAUGCAGUUAUCCCCAUUUGUCCUCGUUCAGCAUCUUGCAGCCCCAUCAGCCCUCUGUCCUACAAGGCCAUGAACUGUAGAAAUCCAGCAGACCAAACAAAAUUCUUUGUCACAACAACUGGACGUAGGAGGACCACACAGUCAGCAGGGACUGACAAAAAAGAAAAGGACCCCUCCUUCAGCGUAAAGAGACUUCACUCUCCUUCCAAUCCCAAAACUAGAUCACUAGCUCUCUCCCCAGUUUGGCAUGCAUCCAAGUCCUUGCCUUUUUUGCCUGGCACCCCCAAAGAGAGAACUUCCCCACCUGGCUCUUCCAAAGUGACCUCCACUCAGACGCGCCCUCCCUCCCCUGGCAAUAUCCGCCCAAUCAAAAAAGAGCUGAAACCAGAUAGUCAGAGAAAAGGACCAGAAAAGGAGCCUGAGAAGGCAGCUGAGGAACACACAGAAGAGGGUAAAGCAAUUUCAGCAGGUGCUGGAGAAUCCGCAAUCGGGGAAGGUCUCCCGGUCAAACUAGAACCGGCUCAAGCUGCUCCAGCUUUGCCCCCCACUCCACCAGCAACUUCACCAUCCCCUGUUUCUAGCAAGGCUUCGGCAGGUACUACUGACCCGGAAGAAGCAACAAGACUGCUUACUGAAAAGAGGCGGCUGGCCCGCGAGCAGCGAGAACGGGAGGAGCAAGAAAGGAAGGAGAGGGAAGAGACUGAAAGGCUAAAGAAGGAGGCAUUAUCGCAGAAGAUAGCUGAAGAGAGAGCUCGCCGGGAGGAGGAGGAGGCUCGCAGGCAAGAGGCGGAGAGGAAGCGAAGGGAGAGAGAGCAGGAGCAAGAAAAGGAAGAAGAGCUACGCCGGCAGGCAGAAGAAAGAGACCAGAAAGAGAAGGAGGAGUUGGAGCGCAUUCAGAAACAAAAAGAAGAAGAAGCUCGCCUGAGUGAAGAGGCAGAGCGGAUUCGGUUAGAGCGUGAAAAGCGUUUCCAAAGAGAAGAACAAGAGCGCUUAGAAAGGAAGAAGCGACUUGAGGAGAUCAUGAAAAGAACUAGGCGCACAGAAGUUGUUGACAAGAAAUCUAAUGAACAGCAAAAUGGAGAGCUAUCGAAGGCAAAUGUUACUGGAGAAACAGCAACCGGUCCCACAUCUCCCUUAGAAUCUGUUAUGGCAUCUCAGCUUCAACGUGUGACAGAAUCGCCACACAAUGGGGAAUCGGUAACGCACUCUCAGAUAAUCAUUUCACGUCAACCUACAGUAAAUAUGGACAGUAAUCUCAACCCUGGAAGGGAACCCAAUGAAAAUGGAGUGUCUAUGCAGAAUGACAACUUUGAAGAGCUCAUACACUUACCCAUUGGAUCUAAACCAUCCACACUGGAUGCCUUGAACAAUGAUGGAAGCAAUAGCCCUGAAAUUCCUUUGAAUCCAAUUUUAGCCUUUGAAGAUAAGGGGACUCUGGGGCCAUUGCCUCAGGUAGAUAGUGUUCAAACGCAUCAAACAGCAGAAGUUAUCUGACCGUCUCUUCUGAAGAGCCAAAGAUGAAGUAAGCAUCUCCGCUGCCUAUGGAGUUCCUUCCAUACUAUGAAGGAGUGUUUUAUUUUCUCUCUCCAGUUUUCUACAAAAUUUGUGGGUAUCUUUUUUGAAAAGACCUUAGUAAAACCAGCAGAAGAAGUGAUGGAGAAUAGACAUGGAUUAUCUUUCUAAUAGUUUUCACCACUAGAAAAUCAUGCUUCAUGUGCAUUAGUUAAAAUCGCUUUUUUCUGACAAGCUCCUUUUCGCAAAUCAAUAUUUUCUGCAUUCUUCAAGGCAAAAGGCACUGGACUCCUACAGUAAUGAGCUGAUUGGGGUAAAGGGCCUCAUUUUUUUUUUUUGAAGAUGGGUGGUUGCUUUUAAAAUUGGCGACUAAUCUUCUACGUUUUAUGGAUCUAAUACUUGAAAAAUAAACAUCUCCUUGCUCUACAAGUAGGGCUAAUGGGAGGUUUCAUUUAAACCUGUUGGUUUAAAUAUUAUUGCAGAGAACUCUAAUUAUGGGGGCAAAAUAUAGGCUUCUGUAUCAGGUUCUUGUAAAUGUAACUUCUACAUGGACAUUCUGUAAAUUCAAAUGUCACUACGAUCUUCUUGCAUUUUCUUUAAAAACACAAAGCGGAACAGGGUUUAAAAUGUGAAAAUUUGAAAGCGCUAUUUUUUCAUGGACAAGACGAAAACCUGUCGUUCUCCUAGAUAAUGUAUUUAUGAAUUUUGUUCAGUACAAAAAUAAAUCAUUUAAUGGAAUAAAUUAGAAAAAUGUGGUAAAACAA